GGUAGAACUGCGGCGGAGAACGCCUGGCGUGUGAAGUUCUCGGACUUCCCUGGCGUGUGGGGAAUUUGGGUGCCCGGCCUCUCCUGACAGCCGCUUCGCUGCAGCUCGAAGUUCCUGGAACCCAGCACCGCCGGGCGCUGCGUUGUGUCGCCUCCUUCUUCUUCCCCACGGCCUGCUGAGGGAGCCCGGGGAAAGUGGCCCCCACUCAAUCCCUGAGCGCUCUGCGGCCCCUACCAGGGGCUGCAACCGCUGCUCUGCGAGCGGGAGUUCGGGCUGCCGCCGUCGCCGCCGCCUCAGAAUCGCUGCCCUGGCUGCAGCUCCGCGCCGCCAAUGCAGGGAGCGCAGGAGCAGCGGGAAGGUACGAGGUCUCUUUAUUUAAAUUUUAACCAGAAUCUAUCUUGGAGAAAGUGAGGCUGUACAAUUGCUUCCUUGCAGCUAUUUUUAUCCAUAGCAAGGAUUUGGAUUGAAGGUAGAAAAAAGAUGAAUGGCAGUAGCCCAGCACGCAUAAUGAGCAACCCUCAAAUAAUAAACCAGUGUGCCCGAGGAGGAAUGGAGGAAAAAAAAGUUUGGCCUAAACGGCAACAUCAGAACAACUUUUCCCUGUUUCCUUCCACGAAAGGCUGGAAUUUCAGAGGGAAGAAACGGAAACAGAGUACCCAAGAUGAAGAUGCAAUCAGUAUCUGCAGCCUUGAUGCAAGAGAGCCUAGUAACAAACGGGUCAAGCCUCUUUCUAGAGUUACAUCACUAGCAAGCCUCAUUCCUCCUGUACGGGCAACCCCAUUAAAGCGGUUCAGUCAAACCCUUCAGCGUUCUAUCAGUUUCCGUAGUGACAGUCGCCCUGAUCUGUUUACCCCACGACCGUGGUCUCGAAAUACACCCCCUGCUAGCACAAAAAGGAGGGACAGCAAGCUGUGGAGUGAGACCUUUGAUGUUUGUGUCAAUCAGAUGCUUACAUCCAAAGAAAUCAAGCGUCAAGAGGCUAUCUUUGAACUUUCCCAGGGAGAAGAAGACUUGAUAGAAGACUUAAAGUUAGCAAAAAAGGCUUAUCAUGACCCUAUGCUUAAACUCUCCAUAAUGACAGAGCAAGAAUUAAACCAAAUUUUUGGAACACUGGACUCUCUAAUCCCGCUACAUGAAGAUCUCCUUAGGCGGCUUCAGGAGAUCAGGAAACCUGAUGGAUCUACUGAGCAUGUUGGUCAUAUCCUUGUGGCCUGGUUGCCUUGCCUAAACUCAUAUGAUAGCUACUGCAGUAAUCAAGUAGCAGCCAAAGCCUUAUUGGACCACAAGAAACAGGAUCACAGGGUGCAAGACUUCCUACAGCGCUGCUUAGAGUCUCCUUUCAGCCGCAAACUGGACCUCUGGAAUUUCCUUGACAUCCCAAGAAGUCGCCUAGUGAAAUACCCACUGCUGCUCAGAGAAAUUUUGAGGCAUACUCCAAAUGAUCAUCCAGAUCAACAGCACCUUGAAGAAGCAAUAAAUAUAAUUCAGGGUAUAGUUGCAGAAAUCAACAUAAAGACGGGUGAAUCUGAGUGCCAAUAUUACAAAGAGAGGCUCAUUUAUCUUGAAGAAGGCCAAAAGGACGCACUGAUCGAUAACGCACGUGUUGUGUGUUGUCACGGUGAACUAAAGAACAACAGGGGAGCGAAACUGCAUGUCUUCUUGUUCCAAGAAGUGCUGGUGAUUACCCGAGCUAUUACCCAUAAUGAACAACUCUGCUACCAACUAUACCGGCAGCCUAUCCCAGUAAAGGAUCUUGUUCUGGAAGAUUUGCAGGAUGGAGAGGUGCGACUGGGUGGAUCCAUACGUGGUGCAUUUAGCAACAAUGAGAGAAUUAAAAACUUCUUUAGAAUCAGCUUCAAAAGUGGAUCGCAAAGCCAGUCCCACUCGCUGCAAGCCAAUGACUCCUUCAACAAACAACAGUGGCUUAACUGUAUCCGACAGGCCAAAGAAACAGUUGUGUGUGACAUAGAGGCUGGAACACUGGAUUCAGAAGGACAUUUCCUAAUAUCCCCAAAUGGGAGUAGGGUACCACAGGGAGAAAGCAGGCUUGAGCAAAUGGACCAAUCAGACAGUGAGUCAGACUGUAGUAUGGACACUAGUGAAGUCAACAUUGAUUGUGAACGCAUGGAACAGACAAACUCUUGUGAGAAUGACAAACAGAUAGAAACCAACAUUUGACAGAAAAUUACAGUUCAUGGAAGUAAACCUGUGUCUUAGCUGUACAGUAUUUGCAUUCCAUAAAUGGAGCAGUUUGGAAAAGCACUUUUAACACUUUUUUGUGACAAUGUCAACACAAUCUUUCUUGUAUUUGUACCUUUGAGUGUAGUACUGUAACUGCCAAUCUAUGUAAGCUGGAAUCUGUUACAACUCCUAUCCUGUGUUAUUUCCAUAAACAUCUGGGUGGAUGAAAGUGGUACUUGACCAGUUAUUUUCAUUGUCCUGCUGGUAGAAAGAAUCUCUAAACUCAGAGAUGAUGCAUAACUGUUGAUAGUAGGGAGGCACAAUUUAAAGGUUCUGGUGGUAUUCAGCAGGGUUCAGGACAGGGCAUAUAAACGCUGGCAGAAAUCUUGGGGGGGGGGGGCAUUGGACCCUGUGGACCUCCCCAGCACGUCUCCUUUGUCUAAACUACUGUUUAUAUGUAUAUUACGUAAGAGUCUCUCCAUGGUUUUUACAGUGUUUGACCUCUAACGUGGCACCUAAAGACAAACUUUGUAGUGGCUCUUUAAAGGGGUAUCGAAGUCUGCAUUUAAUUAGGAAUGGCAUUCAAAAUUUUCAGAAAGGCAAAUGUCUACAAAAAUAACAUCUUGGAAUAAGGUAAGUUAGCUACUGUGGUGGUAAAUCAACAGGAAACGUAAAGAGUAGGCCAUGUCAACAGCGACUCUUAGGGAUUAAUUUUAGAAAGUAUGAAGCACUGUAUGAAAAUCCCGCAAACCAACAUAGUAAUCUGGUCAAUUAGAAGAGUCAAUGUAGUGUUCGUGGUUUACUUAUUGGAGCACAUAAUACUAAAAUCAAUUGAAAGAGAAGUCUACUGCUAAUACUGAAUCUUCAGAUUAAAUGCUGGGAAUGUUGGGUAUUUGUAAAUAAAAAGUUGGUAGUUUGCUUACAGUGCCAUGUAUAACUCUGUAUUAUCCUGAUUAAGACAGGAAGAAUCUAAAAAAGCAUUAGAUCAUUGAAUAGGCCCUCCAGCAUUUUGCACUUACUGAUGUGACUAACCGUUACCACUAAACUAAAGUUAAAACAUCCCAAGAUCUUGUGUAAAUGACUCUGUUUACAAUUACACGUAGUUGUUUUUUAAGACUGAGACACAAUCUUGUAUCAAUGGUGCUGUACAAACACCCCUUAGGGGACAGAGAAAGUUUAAAUAAAAAAGGGAAUAUAUUUUCCUUUAGGAAAUAUCACACCCUUUAUAUUUUUGUCAAGUUAAGUUUUUUUAAAUUUUGCUGCAUCUAAACCUCAUGCUGUAAUUGGAAUCACUGCUGUGUUUUCUGGUGGCUGAUUUAAUUAAGUCUAUUAUUGGCCCGACUCAUUAUGAUGAGAGGCACAUCAGCCAAUUUAAAAUGCAGUCAAAAACACUGCAACAGCCUGACUAUUUUAGAAAUUCUUGGUUCAUCUUUUAUUUCUCAAUGCAGAAAUCUACUGAAAGGUAAAGUAAGCUGCAAAAUUUGUGUCCUUACUAAUUGACAUGAUCCUUGAUAUUGUAAAAAUUCAGGAUGACCUUUGCAAAUUAGACACACACCAGCACAAGUAGUAAAACUGCUAAAUUAUUGCCAAAAAUAUUUGUUUCAUGUGUGUUUACAAGUUUACAGAAAGAAAGCAGGAAAUAAAAUGUCACUUACCUUGUACAUAUGUCAUGAAGUGCAUUAAAGGAAUCAGUGUGGCAAGAUAAUCAAUAUAAAAACAAGGUAUAUUACUUUUUUUAAAAAAAUACUGUUGUCAGUUUUACCCUGUAGACCUUAUUUCUGUAUUUAUAGUCUUUAAAACAUUGUGAAUUUUUUUUCUAUUGCAGGCUUGUAAUUUAUUUAAACUGCUUCAUUUUUAGAGUAGAAUGUUUGAGCAUGCCAGUGAAGAAUAGGACAAGGGAACAUGUUAUUGAUGGGGAUAAAAAAAGAAAAUAGGUUAUGAACUUUUGGUAUGACAACUGUUGGCCAAACUUAGCAAAAAGCAUUGAUGGAAAAGAGGAGAGAAUGUAUGUGCUGAUGAAAUAUUUGUGUAUAAUGGCCUUAAACUUUUAUGGAAGCAUUUCAAAUAAAUUACAUUAAACUGUUUUGGUUUUUAA